UAUAUAACAAUUAUACAUGACGAGGUUACAUUUGCUGUGCAGUUUAUAUUUAGUUCUGCGGUCGCAAAACCAACCAACCAACCAACACCGGUUGUUGGAAGAGCGCUGUUGCAUCUGCUAAUGUUUCGGAUUGACGAGAACUGCGUUCGGUAUUCGUGCAACUGACUCUGCUUGUAAAUAGAAACAUGCACCGUCGCAGCAGCCAGUGCCCAUUGUUAUUGUUGCGCCUAAACACAUAAUUUGUUUCCAACAAAUGCGACUUAGACCUUCGGUGCAAUUGCAACGGCUCGCGGCAAAACCGCACUGCAACGAUACGAACGCCAAGGUCAGGAUGAGCAAGCGACGUCGUACGAGUUCUAUAGCCAGCCGUGGCCAGGAGGAGGAUUCUUUGGAUAGCAUCGAAGCCUCUUCCAGCAGUGGCCCAUCGAGCAGGAAGCGAAUGAAGAAGCAAGAUCCAAUGGAAUUGGUGCAACAAAUAUAUGAUUCGAUAAGAAAUUACAAGAAGGAGGAUGGUACUCUGCUGUGCGAUGCGUUCAUCCGUGUCCCGAAACGUCGACAGGAACCCAGAUACUAUGAGGUCGUGUCCAAUCCCAUAGAUCUGCUUAAGGUGCAGCAGAAAUUGAAGACAGACGAGUACGAAGAUAUAGACGACUUGCAGAUUGACAUUGAUCUGAUCGUCAGCAAUGCGAUAGCGUUCUACAAGAAAAACUCGCAAGAGUUCAAGGACGCUUGCGAUCUGUGGGAGUUGUUCUUAGUGAACAAGGCUAGAAUAUACGACGGCAAGGAUGACGAUGCGGAAAAGUCUAAAGCUCUGCUGCGGGUGGCGCGCGCCCAGAGGAAGGCAAUGACUCCGGAGUCCCGCAUCAUGAAGAACGAGGUGGACAUAUCGGAAGACACGUCGGAGAGUUCCACGAAUCCGGACGAGGAGUUUAACGUGUACGAGGACCUGUUCACCGCCAUAAUGACGGCAACCGAUGCGGAGAACCAUCCGCUCCACAUCGACUUCCAAUUGUUACCUUCGAAGAGGAAGUAUCCGGAGUAUUAUGAGGUUAUCGAGAAUCCCAUCGACCUGAAAACCAUAGCCGUGAAGAUCCAGAGCAACGAGUACAGCACGCUGAACGAUAUGGAAAAGGAUCUGCUGCAGAUGACGAAGAACGCGUGCACAUUCAACGAGCCCGGCUCGCAGAUCUACAAGAACGCCAAGGCGCUGAAGAAGAUCAUCACCAGCAAGAAGAUCGAAGUGGAGCACGGAAAGUACCAAGGCGGAAAGAGCAGCGAGCGAAUUCGCAAUAAACGGAUGAGAGCUAGCACCAGCUUAUCGGCUGUCACUGCUGCGUUGCACGACGAGUCCGAGAUGGAGCUGGAACCAGAUGAAUCCAUGGAGGAAGAUGUGGGAGUCGUAGAUUCGGAUAACCCCAAGUGGCAACUGUUCGACACCGUUAAGUCGGUGACGACAAACUCCGGUGGUUCUCUGAGCGAACCUUUCUGGCGGCUGCCGUCGCGACGCGUUUACCCCGACUACUAUCGCGAGAUUAAGAACCCCGUCUGCAUGAUGCAGAUACGUCGCAAAUUGGUCUGCCAGUCGUACGGCACCGUAAGUGAAGUUGCUGGAGAUAUGACCAUCAUGUUCGAAAACGCAAAGAAAUAUAAUCUUCCUUCAUCCAAACUCUACAAGGACGCUGUUAAACUGCAGAAAGUGAUGCAAUCCAAAGUGCAAGAACUGCUUGACUUAGAUCAGGAUACUGAUAAUGAAGAAACUGAUAAUCGCAAAAAGGGCGGAAUUAAAGUAAAAACUCCAUCGACACCGGCGCCGCGCGGACGUCCUGCCAAAGAUGUGAUACCGCUAAAGAGAAGACUUCAUUCGUUGGCCAAAUUCCUUUUGGAUUACUCUAAGGAAGAUGGCAGAAAACCGCUGAUGGGUUUCAUGGAGAAACCAUCGAAGAAAUUAUAUCCGGAUUACUACCAGGUCAUCACCGAGCCCAUUGACUUCCUGGAGAUCGAGGCGAAAAUAAAAGGAGAACAAUACAGCAGCGAGAAUGAGCUGGUGCGCGACUUCAAGCUUAUGUUCUCCAAUUGUCGAACGUACAACGAGGAGAACUCGCACAUCUACGAGGAUGCCACUCUUUUGGAAAAGGUGCUCAUCGAGAAAAUCGGUCAGACUAUAGUGACUCCCGAGAGAAAGACGUACAGCAGAGUCGCCAGACCCAAGCGUAUCUUGACACCGAUUGAUAGGAAUUGCCGCACUCUGUACGACACCAUCAAGGAUUACCGAGAACCCAAAGCCAACCGGCAGCUAUCUCUGAUAUUCAUGAAGCUUCCGUCGAAGAGCGAUUACCCCGAUUACUACGAACUUAUCAAGAGCCCCGUAGACAUGGAGAAGAUAUCGCACAAGGUGAAGUCUAAGGAAUACGACACGCUCGAGGAUUUAGUCUCCGAAUUCAACAUGAUGUUUGAUAACGCGUGCAAGUACAACGAGCCCGACUCGCAGAUCUACAAGGACGCGUUGGUGCUGCAGAAGAUCUGUCUGCAGACGAAGCUGCAAUUGAAGGAGGAUGACGAUACCGUUCCGGAUGUUCCGGCCGCCAUUCAGGAUCUUCUGCUAAGCCUGUUCACUUCCAUUUAUAACCACCAAGACGUAGAUGAACGCUGCUACUCUGAUUCCAUGUCAGAUUUACCCGAACACGACGACAUUGAUGGCAAAAAGGUGCGCGCUCUGUCACUAGAUUUGAUUAAACGACGACUUGAUAAAGGACUCUACAGGCGUCUGGACACGUUCCAAGAUGAUUUCUUUGCGUGCCUGGAGCGAGCUCGUCAAUUAUCGCGCUCGGACUCUCAGGUUUUCGAGGAUUCCAUCGAGAUGCAGACUUUCUUCAUCAAGUUACGAGAUGAAUUGUGCAGAAACGGUGAGCUACUGCAUUCGCCCGCACUUAACUAUUCGUUGAUGAAUCUGCAGACUAGCGUUGAAACGGUGCGUCAGAGCAAGCAACUCCAAGAGUCUUUAGACGAUGAGAACGAAACGCGCAGUUCGGACGACUCCAUCAUAAAGGAUUCGUUGAACAUCGGCGAGACGAUGACUUUCAACCAGAGGACUUUCAAAGUGGGAGACUUCGUUUAUCUGGAUGCGAAAGAAAAGGGCGUCGAUCCGCACAUUCUGCUUAUCGAGAGGCUGUGGUCAAACGGUGGUCAGAAGAUGUUGUACGGCAACUAUUAUCUUAGACCCGCUGAGACCUACCAUCUGACUACCAGGAAGUUUUUGGAAAAAGAAGUCUUCAAGUCGGAUACGCACGUCGCCGUGCCCUUGGAGGACAUCAAAGAGAGAUGUUGCGUUAUUAAUUUUAAACAGUAUUUCAUCAUGAAACCAGAAGGUUUUGAUGAGAAAGACGUGUACGUGUGCGAGUGCCGAUACAGCACGAAAUCCAGAAGCUUCAAGCGUAUAAAACUCUUCCCCGAAAGCCCCAACAUGGUGCUGGUGCCUCGCGAAACCCCAAUGGAGCCCAAGCGCGUCGUAUCCAUCUUCAGAGAAAGAGUAGAGAAGCACAAGGAUGAAUUGGCCGAAUUGCAAGAGAUCGAAAGAUUGGUGGAGAAAGAGAAACCGAAUGUAAUAGCCUUCUCGCAAAUGGAACUGGACGACGGUAACACUUACUUCGAGCAAUACAAUACGAUUUGUAGCGGAGUCGUAAAGACCGGCGACUUUGUAUACGUCGCUGCGGACGGCGGUCGUCAGACCAUCGCUCAAAUCGAUAGCAUCUACGAAACUAAAGAUGGGAAGUGUUAUUUCCGUGGACCCUGGUUCGUCCUACCAUCCGAGAUGCUUCAGAUCCCCAACCGGUCGUACUACAGGCAAGAGAUGUUCCUCUCCACCCUCGAAGAGGUCAAUCCCAUCGUCAGCGUUGUUGGCAAGUGCACGGUCCUGGACUACAACGAGUACAUCUCGAGUCGACCCACCGAAAUCCCUGAAGUGGACGUGUACAUUUGCACGUCUCUGUACGACGAGAUCAACAGGCAAUUGCAGAAACUGCCGUUAGACGGCCUGAAGAAGUAUCACCACAGCAGCGGCGUCACCGAGGACGAGAUCUACUACUUCCCCAAGUUGAUCAAUCCGCUCAAAGUGGGCAAUGAACCACAAUUAAUGGAAGCUCCCGCCAAGGCUCAGGCCACUAUUUUGGAAGUUGAGUCGUCUCCAAUGUUGACGAAGCUCAACGACAUGGACAUCUUGAUGGAAGAUUCCAUCGAUGGGCCACCGAGUGUUGGUUCCGGAGAACUUCCGGCCACCGUUCCCAUAAGCGGUAGUAGCAUCUCAACUCCAGCCACCACCAAGAAGAAAAACAAGAACAAAGUGAUCACCGGUUACAUCUUGUAUUCGCGUGAGGUGCGUAAGACCGUGGUGGCGAACAAUCCGAAUUCGAGCUUCGGCGAGAUCAGCCGGAUCGUGGGGAACGAGUGGAAGUCGUUGUCGACGACGGAGAAGAUCGCGUGGGAGGAGAAGGCGUCCAAGCAGAACGACGAGACGAAGGCCAGAUUCCUGGAGGAGGGCGACUCGUGCAACAGCCCCGCACCUUCCACCCAUCCCGAUCACAUAUUCGAAUGCUGCUGGGAUACUUGCGAUUACCAAUUCGAAGAGUCUUCCGAUUGCAUCGAGCAUUGCAUCAGGGAUAAGGACGGCGGCGGCGGACACGUGCAGACGUACUUCUCGCAGAAUCCAGAAGCAGAGUUGCAUUGCCUGUGGAGAGGAUGCGCUCGCAUCAAGAACAAGAAAAACUCGCAGCCCUUCCCCAACGUGACCAGACUCGUGAGGCACGUGCGCGACCUCCACAUCAACAAGGGAAACGGACGGGUCGUUCCAAUGGAGAACAGGAGCAAGAACUUCAUCGGAAACCGGGUGAUGCCCGUUUUGCAGCCGUGCGUUUCGACGACCGUGGAGAUCAUUUCUGCUGCUAGCAAUACGUUUAACACUUCCGGCACCUUUGCGACGUCCACGACGCCCGGUAUUCGGUCUGCGCUGAACAACAAAACAACACCUGCUCCAGCGGUUGUGCCGCAGAAGCAGCACGAACCUCUGUUCAUUUCGGUGCCGCCGAGGCCUCAACGCGCCCUUCACUCCGAAGCUUACAUCAAGUACAUUGAAGGUCUUCAUGCAGAUAACAAGUACAUAAGCCCAUGGGAGAAGACGCUGAACGCGUCGCAGGAGAACGCCGUACCGGACAUGGAGAAGAUCAACAACGCGUCCACGUGGCUCGGCACCAAAGCCAACCAGCAGGACAACGUGCUGAACGCCCUCUGGGCCCUCAGAAAUCAGCUGCUCAGAGAUACGCUCGGUCUGCAGAAGACCUUGUAAUCAUCGAUUCGACAAAUUAUUAUUUUUUUAAAUAUAUAUCCUUUUAUAUAUAUAUAUAUUAAUUUUAGUUUAUAAAAUAUAUUUUAUUUUACUAUUUAUCUCUAUGGAUAACAUUAAUAGAUCCUCGAUGCUUCACUUCUCACACAGACACACCCUACGGUUGCAUAGAUUACAGCGAGCAAGAAGAAGCACAGCACGCUGUAAUCUAUGCGACAACAUUAUUAGUGACUGAUGAGAUCUGAAGCAACGGGCUUAAUCAGUUGUCUGUCUCAUCGACGAAUGCUUUAAAUAUUGAUUAAUCCACUGUUAAGUGUGAUCAUACUCUUCUAAUAUAUUGUUGAUACAGUAGGAGACAGCAUUUCCACCCCCAUUUCGUUUUAAGAGAUUUUCCAUGAAAAUUAAAGCAAAUUAAUUGAUAUUCAAAUGAUGUAAUAAAUGAAAU